AUGGCAUCCAACACGACUUCUCAAGCGCAGUCGACCGCAAUCGAGGGACCCCUCCUAAGCAAUGGCGUCACUCAACGGCCCGCGCAGCCCGGCCCUGUUGACCCCCACGCUUCUUCGUCUCACGAUGCGAGAAUAACAGCAACAUCAUCGGAGACUCUCAAGGGAUCACUCAACGGAUCACUCAAUGGAUCGGCGAAUGGAUCGGCCAAUGGCUCUGUAAAUGGCUCUGCGGAUGUGUCGGCGUUGCGUGAGGCGUUCCAAAACAAGUACCGCCAUGUUGUUGCUGUGCAUUCGCAGUCGAAACCAUCGUGUCUUAGCCAUGAUACUACGGAGACGCCGAGCUUUUUGGGGUUUCGAAAUCUGAUGGUGAUUGUUUUAGUCGCUGCAAACCUCCGUCUGGUGAUUGAGAACAUCCAAAAGUACGGCGUCCUCAUCUGCAUCCGGUGCCACGACUUCCGUCCCAACGACGUCCGACUCGGCCUAGCCCUCUACAUGCUCAUCCCCUGGCACCUCAUGAUCGCCUACCUGAUCGAACUCGUCGCGGCAGCCAACGCCACCCACUCCCGCUCGGGACCCUUCAGCACCACCCUCAACACCAUCAACAACAAACACAACCCCAAACCCCGCGACGGCAGCACCAGCCCCACGCCCGCCGAAUCCAUCCACUUCCUCCGCACCUGGCGCAUCCUGCGCAUCUGCCACACCAUCAACGUCACCGCCGCCCUGGCCAUCACCUCCUACGUGGUCUACUACCACAUCCACCACCCGCUCAUCGGCACCAUGGCGGAACUCCACGCCAUCAUCGUCUGGCUCAAAACCGCCUCCUACGCCCUCACCAACCGCGACCUGCGCCACGCCUACCUGCACCCCGUCCGCGGCGAGCGGGAUGCGCUUCCCGCGAUUUACGCGAGGUGUCCGUACCCGCAGAAUGUCACCUUUUCAAACCUGGCGUAUUUCUGGUGGGCACCCACCUUAGUAUACCAGCCGGCGUAUCCGCGGACGGAGCGGAUCCGGUGGGUGUUUGUGGGGAAGAGGGUGGGCGAGGUGGUGUGUUUGAGCGCGUUUAUUUGGUUUGCGAGUGCGCAGUAUGCGGCGCCGGUGUUAAGGAACUCGUUGGAGAAGAUUGCGGUGUUGGAUUAUAUGUCGAUUUUGGAGCGGUUGUUGAAGUUGUCGACGAUUUCGUUGGUGAUUUGGUUGGCGGGGUUUUUUGCGCUGUUUCAGAGCUUUUUGAAUGCGUUGGCGGAGGUGACGCGGUUUGGGGAUCGCGAGUUUUAUGAGGCGUGGUGGAAUAGCGAAAGCCUCGGCUCCUACUGGCGCACCUGGAACAAGCCCGUCUACCAAUUCUUCCGUCGACACGUCUACUCCCCCAUGCUCUCCCGUGGCUGGAGCCGCACAGCAGCCAACACCACUGUUUUCCUGCUAUCCGCCAUACUCCACGAGCUGAUGGUCGGCAUUCCCACGCAUAACAUCAUCGGCGUCGCCUUCCUAGGCAUGUUCCUCCAACUCCCCUUAAUCAUCAUCACGGCGCGGCUGGAAAAGAUGAAGACGGGGCAUGGCCGGCUGCUAGGGAAUUCGAUUUUCUGGGUGUCGUUUACGAUUUUUGGGCAGCCGUUUGCGGCGCUGAUGUAUUUUUAUGCGUGGCAGGCUAAGUAUGGGAGUGUGAGUCGGAUGCCGGUUGCGAGUUGUCCUGUGUAG